AUGCAUUGUUUAAAAUUGUUUGUGAUUAUUUCAAGUUUAGAAUGUGGUUCUAACCUUGUUGCCCAGAGCUACGAUGGUGCUGCGGUAAUGGCUGGCCAUUUAGGAGGUCUUCAAGCUAGAGUGAAAGAAAAGUUUAAACAUGCAAUUUUCGUUCACUGUAUAGCAAAUAGACCUAAUUUGGUUUUAUCGCAAAGCAUGGAUAAUAUAGAAGAUUGCAAAGUUUUCUUUUCGGCGCUUGGUGGUCUGGCUUCCUUCUUUUUAAAGUCAUCGAAAAGAACUCGUGCUUUGGACGUUCACGUUCAAAGAAGGUUUUCAAAAGUUGCUCUGACGCGAUGGAACUACAAUGAACCUUUAGGCAAACAGUGUUUCAAUACCGUGAUUCUUUGA